AUGGGGGAGCGCUUCCAGGAUCUUGCCGAGCUGGACUGGAACAGCUACAUAACCGAAAACGGACAAUUCACUAAUCGACGUGUCACUGUUGGGGGGUCUGUCCACCCCCGACACAUGUCGAGCAGCCGGCGGGUCCGGGAGCUGCUCGCGCGCGGCUUCGCGCACCUCUGGUUCGACGACAACUGGCGGGGCGCCGAGUGCUACUCCUUCAACCUGCUCUGCUCGCCCCUGCAGCCCGGGGAGGAGCACGUGCCGUACCUGGACCACUUUGGGGCGACGGCGUACCUGCUGAGCGCUGAGGCUCACGCCGCAAACGUGCGCUUCUUCCUGGAGCACCUGGAGGCGUACUUCGAGUUCCCCCCCAUCUUCGACGGGUGCGGCUGGGACCCCGAGCACGCGCUGCUCUCCAGGGAGGUGCGCGAGGACCCGUACCAGUACCUCUCACGGCCCGAUCGCUGGGAGCACGUCUGGGGACCAGCGGUGGCGGCAGUGGAGCACCGGGCCCUGCGCAUCAGCCUGCACCCGCCCUACGUCAAGCUCCGGCUGCCCGGCGCCGACCCCGCCGCGGAGGCGCCGGCCGCGUGCACGCGACCGGGCACGCCCGGGGCGCCGCCGCCUGGCUGCGUGUGGCGCGAGCUGCACGUGAUAUCCUGCAUCGACGAGGCCUCCUUCGGGGAGGUGCUGCUGGCGAAGCGCGGCCACGACGUGGUCUGCAUCAAGCGCUGCCGCAACGGCUCCGACGGCUCCAUGACCAAGGAGCAGUUGCAGAACUUCGAGCGCGAGAUCAACGCGUACCGCACGCUGCGGCACCCGGGGAUCACCAGCUACCUGGGCUGCAUCCUCGAGCAGCCCAACCUCGCCGUGGUGCUUGAGCACCUGCCGAACGGGAACGUGUUCGACCUGCUGUACAUGAACCGGAUCAACGUCACGGCCACGAUCCGGCUCAAGAUCGCCAGCCAG